AUGAAGUCUUCGCCAGUUUGUUCGUUAAACUGGCCAGUUCUCAUUUGCAGGAUUAUCGAGAUAUGGGCCUUGACAUUGCUGGCCAAUCAACUGGUGCAGCCAGUCAGCGUGACUUUGCUUUCAAACCCCAGCGAUCAGGGUCGUGAGUGUGCCAGCACAACCAUUUACCAAGGCGCCGAUGUUUGCGCAGGCGCUCGUUCAAAUGUCUUGCCCCCUGAAUGUGAAAAGUUCGAAGAUGUCAAAUAUCCAACCACAAGGGAGAAAGAAGGAAAUCAAGAAAGACUAUCACCCUCCGCCACCACCAAGGCAGCCCAUGCGGAGAAGUUUUUGGAAACAAAUUCAAGUCCCGCAACGAAGAAUUCAUGA